UGUAGAGUACAUGUCAUUUUCCCUCUCCUUUUUCCUGCUACUAAAUGCCGGGUGUUGGUUUACUUUUGCUCUCAUCCUCAAAGACAUUUACGUCAUCGUACCAAAUGCAAUUGGAAUUGCGACGAGCUCAUCCCAGAUACUACUCUACAUGAUCUACAAAAACAAGUCACCUUUAUCCAACUCAAUCGGCUCAAUUCAGGCGACCGAUCAGGAAGCCAUCGAAAUGCGAAGUACCAACGUCGCCAAGACGGAAAAUCCAAGUCUCAGCAAAGGAAAUCACAAUCCCAAGUCGUCAUCGCACCCGACUAGCUUACCGUUAAUGAGAACACUUUUACAGAGUCCACAUGAGACGCACCACGAUUUUCCUACCGAACAAGAUGAGGAAGAUCGUAUAAGUGUUGUUGUUGAUCAUCCUUGAUAACAAAUUCAAAAUUGCCAAACAGAAUUGGACUGUGUCGAAGAGUCGGCUCUGACUUUUCAGGAGCUUAAAGUAAAAAUAAAAUAUGUUGUCUUUUUGUUGAACUA